AUGACCAACUUGACCGCGGACGAGAGGCUUGCCCUCAUCACCGAGAACCUCCAGGAGGUUCUCAACAAGGACAUCAUUGAGACCAUCCUGGCCGAGGGACGGAGCCCAAAGAUCUACUGGGGUACUAGCCCGACUGGAAAGCCUCACUGCGGAUACCUGGUGCCCGCCGUAAAGAUCGCCCAGUUCCUCGCCGCCGGCGCGGAGAUGACCAUUCUGAUCGCCGAUCUGCACGCCAACCUGGAUUCCCUGAAGUCGACCUUCGAGAUCGUCGAGCACCGCGCGAAAUACUAUGAAUACACCAUUACCGCUCUGCUGCAGGCCGUCGGUGUCUCGACCGAAAAACUGCGCUUCGUUCGCGGCAGCUCUUACCAGAAGAACGCUGACUACGUGAUGGACGUCUACCGACUGUCCUCCGUGGUUUCGGAGCACGAUGCGAAGCGCGCCGGUGCUGAGAUUGUCAAGCAGUCCAACAAUGGUCCCCUGAGUGGUCUCUUGUACCCCCUCCUGCAGGUCCUUGACGAGCAGUACCUGGAUGUGGACGCUCAGUUCGGUGGUCUUGACCAGCGCAAGCUGUUCGCCGCGUCGACCGAGUGGCACCCCAAGCUUGGCUACAAGAAGCGCGCGCAUCUCUGCAACGCCAUGGUCCCCGGUCUCUCUGGUGGCAAGAUGAGCUCCAGUGAAGAAGACAGCAAGAUCGACCUCCUCGAAUCCGUUGACAGCAUCAAGAAGAAGAUCCGCAAAGCGCAGGCCGCUCCCAAGGAAAUCGACAACAACGGUAUCCUCGCCUUCGUCCAGUACGUCCUGUUGCCGGUGUCCGCCCUGAAGACUGGCAAGCCGGAGUUCCGCGUCCCCCGUGAUCGCGACGGCCUGGAGCCUCUGGUGUACACCGACAUCGAGAAGAUGCACGAAGACUACAAGAACGACAUUCUCUCCCCCCAAAUCCUCAAGCCCGCCGUCGCCGACGCCAUCGUCGAGCUUACCGCCCCCAUCCGCGCCGCCUUCGACGCCAACCCCGACUGGCAGGAAGUCACGCUGAAGGCUUACCCGCCUCCGGCCCCGAAGCAGAAGAAGGAGAAGAAGCAGAAGGACAAGGGGUCUCGUCACCCUGGUGCCGCUAAGGAGGAGACCCCUAAGCCGGCUGAGCAAUAG